AGCACAUUCAGCAUGCUGCUGACUCGCUCCUCGGCCCUCUCAGGACACAUUAAGCUCUGGUUUCUGACCUUAGCUGUCCUUGUGGUCCUGGCUCAGACUUCCCCAGAUGGGUGGCUGAGAACGUGCUAUUAUGGAAUGGGCAAAUGCAGACAUGAAUGCAGGACCACUGAGAAGAAGAAAGAGAGAUGUGGGGACUUAACUGUUUGCUGUCUCCAAAUAUCAAAGUCGAAACUAUAUCACUUGCCUCCAGUCAAAGACCAGUCAAAGAAAGAAUGCUAAGACCCAGGAAGACCCUGGUCAUCAGCCAGCCAAGGAGAGAUGCCAAAGAGAACCAGCUCUACUGA